AAUGUUGGCAAAUACUGAAAAAUUAUCACAAAUUAGUCCAAAAACAAGACAACAUAUCUUUGCUUGCAAUUCAGGAGAGUUUAUAAGUAUUCUAUACAAAUGUGAUGAUUUUCAAACUUGUAAAGAAAGACAUUUCACAUGCAAUAAUAAGCAAUGUUUGGAUAGAAAAGAUCAAUGUGAUAUGAAUAUGGAUUGCCUUGAUGGUAGUGAUGAGACAUCUUGCUAUAAGAUAACGAUACAUAUACCUGACUUACCAGUAAAAAGAUGUAAGAACAGAUUUGUUAAAAAAAGCCAAAUUUGCGAUUUUAAACCUGAUUGCAUUGAUAUGUCUGAUGAAAAUUUGGACUAUUGCCAAAAUUAUAAUGAAAAAUGGGCAAAAUCACAUUGUCAUAGUUUAUAUAGCUCUGAAAAUGUGUCACUAAUGACUAGUCAAUAUUAUAGAGAAUUUGAAAAAUAUUUAUUUGAAAUUAGAACUGAUACAGGUAAUAUAUAA